CAGCCUGGAGCAGAGGGUUGGGGUGCAGACUCUGGUCUUGAGUUAAGGGAUUUGGAGUGCAAGAGAGGCCUUGAUCUGAGUUUGGUGCAGACAGGUGGGGUGCAGGAGGGAUUCUAGGGGCAGACUCUGGGAGAGCAUUCGGAUGCAGAGGUGCUCCAGCUGGGCUCUGCUUACCUCAGCUCCUGGGUGCUGGUGCAGUGGGGCUAAGGCAGGUUCACUCUUGGCCUGGCCAUGUAUUACUCCCAAAAGCAGCCAGCAAGCUCUCCCCUGCCCAAGUCUUGUCAUGCUCCCUCUUUGCUUUGUGGAAACAGGAUACAAAGCAGGAGAAAGGAGCACCUUGGCAUCAGCACCCCUCUUCUCCCUUCCCUGCCAGCAGUGCAAAGUGGCAGAGGCCUCCUUGGGAGUGGGGCCAGAGUAUACUGGCUGCCAGCCUGCUCCAAGGGACUAUAGUCAAGUAGCCGGAAAGAAUGUAUGCAGUUACUUGACUAUUCCAUUAACCAAUAGCUAACCCCUCUAUCCCAGGCUGUAUCUUGCCCAGCCUGGCUCUUUGGACUCAGAAUUUAAAAGGGAAGUAGCCGUAGGCAGCUGCUCUCUGCACCGUCCCUCCCCAACAAACAGCACCCAAUUUAACCUGUAUGUUAAAUACAAUCUCCUCAUUUGCAGGGUCUGAGCCAACAGGGCUGAUCUGGUGCUGCUCUGAUUUCUGCCCAGGAUUUGGUGUCAGACCAGAGUCACUGCUGCCCAAUCCUAACAAGGAGCGGAACUGAGGGCUGAAGACUCACGUCUCCACUUUGCUCUGGAUUGUCCCAUGUUGCAGGAGGCAGUGCAGGGAAAUGGCUGUGGUGAAGCUGGCUCAGAUGCUGGUGACUUUCGAGGAGGUGGCUGUGUAUUUCACCACAGGGCAGGGGGCGCUGUUGAGCCCCGCGCAGAGAGCCCUCUACAAGGACGUCAUGCAGGAGAACUAUGAGACUGUGGCCUCGCUGGGAUUCUCCAUUCCCAAACCUGAACUGAUCGCCCGGCUGGAACGAGGGGAAGAACCGUGGGUCCCAGAUCUCCAGCCCUUCAAAGAAAUGGGGAUCCUGAGAGCUACCCACACAGGUGAGGAGUCAGGGAAACUGACACACAAACCAUCCAGAUUUCCUGUCUCCAAAGCUCGUGUGGUCUCCUGGGUGGAGCAGGGGGAGGAGCAGCAGACCCCAGAUCUCCAGGGCUUUUUGAGAGGAGAGAUCAUCAGACACACCCAGACAGGUGAUGGGAGGCUGAGUGAGAACCAUGCCAAAAGUCUUCAGAAUGAAGGACCAGAGCAAAUGGCUCCAUGUGGGAUGAUGUUGGGAAUAUCUCAAGAACAUGUUUCUCAGAGUCCUAAGCAAGGAGAGACCUGUAAGAGACAGUGUAGCCCACAAAGGCAUCAGGGACACCCUCCAGGAGGGGGAAAGGGUAAAUUCAGUCACAGAAGCAGGAGGUUGAAAACAAACACAGAAACUGUUCAACAGAAAAUCCCCCAUCAACAGUCACCCUGCGCUUGCAAUGACUGUGCAACUCUUAUUAAACACAGAAGAGCCCACACAGGAGAGAAACCCUUCAGCUGCUUUGACUGUGGGAAAAGCUUCAGUCGGAGCUCAUACCUUGUUAGCCAUAGGAGAACCCACACAGGAGAGAAACCUUUCAGCUGCUCUGACUGUGGGAAAUGCUUCAGUGAGAGGUCACACCUUGUUUACCAUAGGAGAACCCACACAGGAGAGAAACCUUUCAGCUGCUCUGACUGUGGGAAAUGCUUCAGUCACAGGUCACAGCUUGUUAGACAUAGGAGAACCCACACAGGAGAGAAACCUUUCAGCUGCUCUGACUGUGGGAAAUGCUUCAGUCACAGGUCACAGCUUGUUAGACAUAGGAGAACCCACACAGGAGAGAAACCUUUCAGCUGCUCUGACUGUGGGAAAUGCUUCAGUCACAGGUCACAGCUUGUUAGACAUAGGAGAACCCACACAGGAGAGAAACCCUUCAGCUGCUCUGAUUGUGGGAAAAGGUUUAGUCGGAGGUCGUACCUUGUUAGCCAUAGGAGAAUGCACACAGGAGAGAAACCCUUCAGCUGCUCUGACUGCGGGAAAAGCUUCAGUAAAAGUUCGGUGCUUGUUGCACAUAGGAGAACCCACACAGGAGAGAAACCCUUUAGCUGCUCUGAUUGCAGGAAAAGAUUCAGUGACAGUUCAAGCCUUGUUGCACAUAGGAGAACCCACACAGGAGAGAAACCCUUCAGCUGCUCUGACUGCGGGAAAAGCUUCAGUAAAAGUUCGGUGCUUGUUGCACAUAGGAGAACCCACACAGGGGAUAAACCCUUCAGCUGCUCUGAUUGUGGGAAAAGCUUCAGUCACAAGUCACACCUUGUUAGACAUAGGAGAACCCACACAGGAGAGAAACCCUUUAGCUGCUCUGAUUGCAGGAAAAGAUUCAGUGACAGUUCAAGCCUUGUUGCACAUAGGAAAACCCACAUAGGGGAGAAACCCUAUAUUGGAGGUGAGCAAAAGCCUCUCAGUGGGCAGAAUCCAGCCCACUUAGGGCUUUGACCCUGCCCGCAAUGGGCAUGUGCUGCUAGGGAAUGAGCUCAGCCCCGUCUCUCUUCCUGCUGUGCAGCCUCUGGAGAGAAGGCAGCAAUGGGGCUGAGGCUCCACUGCACAACCUGGGGCCAGCCUUGGAGGCUGGAGGCACCACUGCCCCUGCACCUCUGACUUUCAAGGCCAACUCAGGGCCACAACCAUGGAAUCUUCUGUCUCUGGGGCCAUGUGGCCAUAGCAGUGUGCUUCUGGGGCUGGCUCUGGGUGCAUUGCUGUGGCAAUGGCACCUCUGGCCCCGGGCCAUGUGGCUGCUGCAGCGAUGCCUCUGGUCUCCAGGGCUGACCCACAGCUGAAUGGCUGUGGUAGUGUUGUUUCCAGCCUGUGGUGUCCUCCACAGCAGACGGGACAGUGUUGCAUCAGAAGUUGCUGUAAGGGGAUAUAAAGCCAGGUAAUAUUUCCCCUCAUCCCCAGACCCCCCACCCCUUUCCUCUCACUUCCCUCCUCCCCAACACUCAGGAGCCCCAGCUUGCUCUGACACCCUCCCUUGUUCCUGCUUCCUCCACCUUGAAGAUGCUCUAUUCUUAGCCUGCUUCUACACCACAGCUCCCUCCCAGAUCAUGCACCCCUUCCCUAUUGUAUUUGCUGGCAGUCUCGUCUCACACUGUAUCCCUCAUUUUUGUCCUUAUCCCAGAGCCUAAGGAUGUCUGUAAAAUCCACUAACCCCAUAAUCCCAGAAAAGUAAAUCUGGUCUAUAGUAAGCCCUGAAGCUCAGUCUCCCCUUCCUUUUCCCUCACCCUAUGAGGCUGGGGCACCAGAGGAGUGAGGCGCCUCAGUUGGGGCCAUAUCAGUGAGGU